CGAGUGCCACUGUCUCUUUAAGGUUCCACGGAACGAGCCGCCCCGCACGUGUAGCGUGUCUCACGCCGACCCGGGAACGAGCUGCGAACAUUAACUUCCCGGUAAACUACAGACUUCUACAUAUCACAGGGUUGCCGUCAUGCCUGCUAAAAAGACCGCUGCCAAGAGGAAGUCCGAGGCUACUGUGGAGGAUGAGAAAGAUUCAAAGAAAUUAAAAGUUUCCCACAGGAGUCAUGGUAAGGAGGCGGGUCAGGUUCUCGUCCUGGGCCAGGGUGAUGUUGGACAGUUGGGUUUAGGCGAGGAUGUCAUCGAGAGGAAGAAGCCGGCCCUCGUGCCCCUGCCUGAAAAAACUGUGCAAGUGAUUGCUGGAGGCAUGCACACAGUGUGUCUCAGCGACACAGGCAAUGUGUAUACGUUUGGCUGUAAUGACGAAGGGGCACUUGGUCGGGACACAACAGAGGAGGGGUCUGAGAUGGUUCCAGGCAAGGUGGCGCUGGAGGAGAAGGUGGUCCAGGUGUCGGCAGGAGACAGCCACACAGCUGCACUCACAGAGGAUGGGACUGUUUACAUCUGGGGCUCCUUCAGGGAUAACAAUGGUGUUAUAGGUCUUCUCGAGCCGAUGAAAACAUCUACUGUUCCAGUCAAAAUCUCCAUGUCGGAACCUGUUGUGAAAAUUGCAUCAGGUAAUGAUCACCUGGUGCUGCUGACACUCGGGGGAAACCUUUACACAUCAGGCACAGCGGAGCAGGGGCAGCUGGGAAGAGUGCCGGAGCAUUUUUCAAACAGAGGGGGCAGGAAAGGCCUCGAACGGCUGCUGGUUCCACAGGUGGUAAAAAUCAAGGGGAAAGUUCACUUCAUCGAUGCCUUCUGCGGGGCAUACUUCACUUUUGCUGUUUCUAAAGAAGGACACGUGUAUGGAUUUGGCCUCUCCAACUACCACCAGCUGGGCACUAAAAGCACCAAGUUGUGUUUUGUCCCAGUAAAAUUGACAUGCUUCAAGAACUCUACCGUCUCCUGGGUUGACUUCUCCGGAGGACAACAUCACACCGUCUGCCUCGAUGCUGAAGGUCAGGUAUACAGCCUAGGCAGGGCAGAGUACGGUCGUCUUGGUCUGGGCCAAGAGGCUGCAGAGAAGAGCGAGCCCACGCCUGUGAUGGGGAUGGCGCCGGCCUGUGGUGUGACAUGUGGAGCAUCUGUCAGCUACGCCGUCACCAGAGAAGGAUCUGUGUACGCCUGGGGCAUGGGCACCAACCUGCAGCUCGGCACAGGAGAGGAGGACGACGAGUGGAGCCCCGUAAAGAUGACGGGCAAACAACUGGAGAACCGUGCAGUACUGGUGGCCUCCAGUGGAGGGCAGCACACAGUCCUUUUGGUCAAGGACAAGCAGGAGAGCUGAUGUCCUUCCCUGGCAGAGAGUUGUGUGGGGAUCUUUAGAUCAGUUUCAAGGUGAGGCCUUACCUAAAUGUAGGGAGAGCAUUAAUCUGAAAUGCGACUUCCUGUGCUGAGCCGAGGGGAGAGGUUCCGCCUCUUUUAUGAGAUCUCUGCUCUCUGUAGCGUGGGGAACAUUUCUUGUGGAUAUUUGGUAGAUCAUGACAAAUGAGAGACUAUUUUUUUAAAUCUAGUUUUUGAUGUUCCCUUUGAAUUCAUAAAAGUCAUCAGUAUGACUGUAAGGUGGUUUAUUUGAUGUGAAUGUGACUGCAUGUACAUAAAGGAAAUCGGAGUGCAAGCCUUUUAAUGAUGUCCCCACAAAAUAGUCUUUUUAAUGGGUUGGCUUGUUUUCUUUUCUUCUUUUCUUUAAAGCAAUAGUUCAGUUGACCUUGGUUCAGACAGGACAUUUAUACUCAACGGGUUUAAUAUGUGAGACUACUGUUCAUGUUACCCACAGACCGAACAAAAAAAUGGUUUUGGCUAUUUGGAAACAUGUCAUGUGUCUGGAAAUAAAGAUAACAUUUUAAAGUGUAAA